UGGGCGGCCCGACCCCUCCCCUCGCCCCUCCCCUUCGCAUCUCUCGUCUGUGUGUACUCGGCCGCUGCCCCCGGGCUUCUUCUUUGCCACAUCGGCGACCACGGCGUCCUCCGCCGCCUCCUCCUCGGCCCCCGCUCGCUCGCUCCCCCUGCCCUCGCGCUUGGAAGGAACGCACACAGCGGGGCGGUCCUUCUUGCCAGAGCCGACUCCGCGGCGGGGCCUUUGGAGCGCCCAGACGACAUGCCGCGCCGCAGCCGUUGCCUCGGCUGCUGCUCAGUCCCGGCACGCCCGCCCUGCCCAGGCCGCAGCUGCCGACUCCGCCAGUUUUUCGCAGCGGCUGCCGCUCUUUAACCAGCGGCUGGAAGGAGCUCUGCGGGGGUCUCGUCGCCCGGCCGUUGAGGAGGGAAGGAAGAAAGGGCGCGCGCGCUGCGCCUCCUCCUCCACCUCACAGCCUCUCCUUCGGUUUCCCUCGGCGGGGCAGCGGCAGCAACGGCGGCGGCGCCGGCGGCGAUGAGUGAGCGGCCGCCUCUUGCGGAGCCGGGAAGGCGCAGCGCUCCCUCGACCUCCGCCGGCCGGCGGCGUCUCCUCCUCCUCCUGUUGUCCUCCUCGUUGCCUUAGACCCCGGCGAUGUGGAGCUCCUGGGCGGCCGCCGUGCUGCAGCUGCUCUCUCGGGCGACCAAAUACGCCUUUGCCCCGGGCGCCCGGCAGGACCUGAGCCGAUGGCUGCCUCGGCUCGGGGCUGCUGCUGCUGCUGGAGAGCCGGGCGAGGCGGCGACGGGAAGGGGAGCCGGAGCGGGGGAAGCAGCCGGCGCGGCAGGGCCGCUGUUUGAGGAGCGGAACGGGCUCUAUUACCAUUACCACCCUCCUGCGUCGGCGGAGAUCCUGCUGUGCCAGCUGCCCGAGCCGGGGCCCAUCUUAGCCGAGGGCAGCAGGACGUGGCACUGCUCGGGCUGCCUGCUGGGCACUUGCUGGUGCAAGAGUUGCCUGAGCGUGUGCUUCUUGGCGGCCCUCUGCUUCGCCUCGCUGGCCCUGGUGCGCCAAUACCUGCGGGACCUGAUGCUCUGGGCCGAGAGCUUGGACAGCCUGGCCGGCGUGCUGCUCUUCACCGUGGGCUUCAUCGUGGUUUCUUUCCCUUGCGGCUGGGGCUACAUCCUGCUCAACGUGGCGGCCGGCUACCUCUACGGCUUCGUGCUGGGCAUGGGCCUCAUGGUGCUGGGCGUGCUCAUCGGCACCUUCAUCUCCCAUGUGGUCUGCAAGAAGCUGUUGGCGCGAUGGGUGCUGGCCAGGAUCCAGGGCAGCGAGAAGCUCACCGCUGUCAUUCGCGUGGUGGAAGGAGGGAGCGGCCUCAAGGUGGUGGCCCUGGCCAGGCUCACCCCGAUACCCUUCGGGCUCCAAAAUGCCGUCUUCUCUAUCACAGAUCUCUCAUUACCAAACUACCUGAUGGCUUCUUCCAUUGGAUUGCUUCCAACUCAGCUCUUAAACUCCUACUUGGGCACCACUUUGCGCACUAUGGAGGAUGUUAUUGCAGAACAAAGUGUUAGUGGCUACUUUGUGUUUAGUUUACAGAUUAUAAUAAGUAUAGGCCUCAUGUUCUAUGUUGUCCACCGGGCUCAAGUGGAACUGAAUGCAGCCAUUGUCGCAUGUGAAAUGGAAAUGAAGACAUCACUGGUUAAAAGCAGUCAACCAAGCAACAGCAGUUCAACAUUUUGCAACAAGAGGACGCUUACAUUUUCUGGAGGAGGAAUCAAUAUUGUAUGACUCCCUUCUAACCUCCCAAAGUAUUACAUUAAAGUCUUGUGAACCUGAAUAACCUAACUUGUUGCCUAGACAGUUUUCUGGACUUCUCAACAAGACUUAAAUCCCAAAAUGACUGGAGGAUGUGCUCUGGUAAACCAGCCUGAUGGUUUUAGUUGCACAAUGGAUGGAGUUUUGUGAGGUUCAGUAGGUGGCUAAGUAACCAUAAAUGUAGAUGCAAGUCUGGCUGCACCUUUUGUUGUUAUACUUGUCAUGGCCUGUAGUCUGCACUUUAGAUUUUGUUUUGUUUGCUUCUACAGACUGAGAAAAAUACCCUCAAAGCAACUACUUUUAGCUUAGCAUUAUUUAUAAGGCUGACUAAUAAUAUACAGUAGAUCUUUAAUGCUGGUGAACAAGUGUAAAGUAUGCAACUUCAUGUACAGUAUUCUUGAAUGUGCUUAGCUUUCAAAAUAUUUCCAGAAAAGAGUAUGCUCUCCACAAGCGGAGGGUAGCCAGCACAAAGAAGGUCCUGUUUUCAGGGCUGAGAAAGCAAGAAAAGCACUUCCUGAGGAGGAGGAGGGAUUUCUCCUGUAUCCAGUCAUUUUCCUGUCUGUGACAGGGAACAGGGUUUUCCUCAUGGCUCUUUGGGAUACCUGCUGAAAAGAAAAGGGUGGUGGGGUGGUUUUGCGAUUUCAGGGACCAUUUGGCUUCCCUUAUCUAGUUUUUGUCUAAUUUGGGCAGGGGUGGGGUGGGUAGAGAGAACAUCUUAUAUAAAUCCUUAGUUGAAUGUAUUUUUGUAAGCCACUGAAAUCUUGUGGAGCCAUUCAUAACUUUUGACAUAAGUUUUAAAUCCUACAUUGUGGGACUGAAGUGCUCUUAUAUAACAUUUUGAGUUACACUGUGUAAUAUGCAAAGUAAAAGGGAAACUACAGAGUACUUAAUAGUUUGUGGCAAAUAGCAGCCUGGAAGAGAACUUGCAUGUGAAAUGCAAGUAUCCGACCUGGCUUUACCAUCUUUGUGAGUAUCAAAAGGGCUCUUCCAUCACAAUCCCAUUUCUUGCUCAUUUAUAAAAAGAGCUUUAGGUAGCGUUGAUUAAAUUCACUUUGAUCUGCGCACCAUAAGACUUACAGAAUAGGAGGAACUGAAUCUCUCUGAAAACACUACGGUACUAAUGCAUCACGUGGCCUUUAUUUUAUAGGGAAGACCUUUUGGUUUUUCUUUAAUAAAAGCUUUAAAAAUAAACUCAAUUCCUCCCUAAUACACCUUCCUCCGAUUAUCAUAGGAUCCUCUUCUGAUACAAGUUUUGUGCAGUACUUUGUGAAGAUUGUAUUUGUCCCUUCUCAUUUGUUUUGAAACAUUUGCAAAAAUGAGGAAAAGACAGGUUUUCCAUCAAAAAAAAAAAUGACUAGAAGUGUCUUAGAGGCUCAGGAAUCUGUAAAAAUUUUAAAGAAUAUAUUUCAUAUGAUGUGAUGGUGAUCCUUCUGUGGAGAGUCCCAGUUGCUUCACGGGUUUGAAUGAGCUGGAAUAAGCCUAACUGUGCUUGUGUGUGUCAGUACCAUAAUUCCUUACAGAUACAUAUUUGUAUUCCUGAUUUAUGUUUUCACAAAAAUGCUUCAUAGCAGUUGGAACCAGCACAAAACUACUUCGAACUCGAUCUUAUUUUUUUGUCUGCAUUUUUAUUUGUUCUGAAAAAUAAAGUACACUUCUGGCUCUUA